GAAAGUAAAAGGAACUAGAAGGUCUAGAAAAGUAUUUGCAAUUUGGAUUGGGAAGUAAGAAACGCGUUUGGUUUGGUUUGAAAUUAAUUAAUUUUUUAUUUAUUGAUAAAUACUAGGAAAGAGUUGAAAAUUUAGUUGUGACUUGUGAGGAAUAGGAAAAGAGAAAGAAUGAAGAAAAACGGGGAAGAGGUAGCGGUGGGAGUGCCGGUGGGAGGGAUGCCGCCUAAGGCGGUGGUCGGAGAUCCCAAGGCCAUGGGCAUCCCUAUCCAGCAAACAAUUUACAGGGACACUCCUGCUCCCUUCAACUGCCAUUUUUGUGGUAACACCGGUCUCACUAAUGUCAGAUCAAAACCCAGUCUGGCAGCAUUUGUUGGAUGCUUGAUGCCAAUGAUGCUUGGAGUUUGCUUUCUUUGUCCUUCAAUGGACUGCCUCUGGCACAAAUAUCACUACUGUCCAGAAUGCCAUGAAAAGGUUGCUGAUUUUGAGAAAUCAGACCCCUGUGCUGUGAUGGAUCCACCACAUUGGACGCAGGAGAGCUAUGCUUUGUCUGGAUAGUAUGAAAAUUGUAUUACUGGAAUUUGGGGCAUUGUCUGAAAGUUGUAACUUUGGAUGUGCAUUAUUCAUUGUUAAGUUUCGUAACAAUUACCUGUUACAUGUGCAUGCGACAAAGAGAAGAAUGCUAGUUGCUUUCUGCUCUUGAAAUUGAUAUGGACUUUUGUUAUCUAAUUUUACAUCUGUUGUAUAGCAGCAAUAUACUCAUGUUUAGUUGAGUGAGAAUUGCAGGUAUAUACUAUCAGCAUGGUUUGUUUCUGCCUUGGUUGUCUUGUUUGAAGUUAAAUAAGGAAAUAGUUGGAUUGAAUUGUUUA